AUCGUUGUCAAGUCCUCGUGGAAAUGAUGAGGGAGAUCAGAUUCAGAAAGAAUUUGCUUUACGCCUUUCCUCCAUCCAUUUCAUCAUGCCGCUUUUUCAACUGAGCACCAACCUUUCCAGAGCUGAUUUUCCCCAGCAUUUUCACGAGGACUUGACACUUAUUCUGGGGAAGCUGCUGAACAAGAAUCCCAGGGUAAGCAAGUUGCCGAGUGAAAUAUUGCCCACAAACGUUUGCUCAGAGCUUGACCUUUCGCAGCAUAUCUUGGUAUGCAUCUGCACCGACCAGUUCCUGACGUGCGGAGGCACAACGGAAGCCUGCGCGUUCGGCAACCUGGCAUCCAUUGGAAAUUUUGCUGGAAAAGACAACGAUGCCUACGUCCAAGUUGUGUCCGAAUUCAUACAUGAGAAACUAGGAAUCCAGGACUCGCGGUUUACACUGUUUCUCAGCGAUUAUCCAUCGAACGAAGUGGGCUUCCACGGCAUGACGAUUGAUAGCUUCAGGAGGAAGUCACAGACAGCACCUGCUGCCUGAUUGGCUUCGUGACCUUUCUGCCUUCGCUGAUUGUCGACAAUGGACAUAAGUGUUCUGUUAUUUUGAGCAUCUGGCAAAUCUUGUCCGCAUUUCUGUACUCCCGGCUUCCAGGCAUUGCAAGUCUGCAACUGUGUAACUAUUGUUUUGUGACCGAAAUCUGUGAUUCGUUUUUGGCUUUAAACUUGGUUGUUGAAAGAGCAUUUUGUUGAUGUUUGUAUCAGACAGUACGACAGGAUGUUCAAGCAUUAUAAGAGAAA